ACAAUAAAAAAUCCGUGUUCGAAAAAUCAACAAAGCCUCUAGGGUUUAAAGGGGCAUUGCCUUCCCUCACUUAUCUGUGUGUGUAUCUACAACUUCCUUCCAUCUCCGCCCCCCUUCCCGUCUUGGUGAUCCCCGGUGUACCGACUCCUUUUCUGCAACUCUCUCGCGGUUUAGGGUUUUCUUUCCCUUUUCUCUGCUCGGAAAUGGCCGACUCUCCUCGGAAAAGGCAUUCACGCUCUCCUUCCCCUUGGGAAGAAAGGUCAAGAUCAAGAUCUAGGUCUAGGUCAUUGUCAAGACCAAGGGGAAGGUCCACAUCCAGAGGUCGUGGCAGGGACCCGCCUUCUAAUCCUGGAGAUACUCUCUAUGUGACUGGUUUAUCUACAAGGGUCACAGAAAGGGACCUUGAAGACCACUUCUCUAAGGAAGGGAAGGUAAAAUCAGUAUUUUUGGUAGUGGAGCCACGUUCUCGUGUUUCUCGUGGUUUUGCUUUUGUAACAAUGGACAAUGCUGAUGAUGCCAAUCGCUGCGUAAAGCACCUCAAUCAGUCUGUUCUUGAAGGUCGAUACAUAACUGUGGAGAAGUCCAGAAGGAAACGACCUAGAACUCCAACACCUGGACACUAUCUUGGACUCAAGAACAGCAGGGCAGAAGGUUAUCGUGGUGGUGACCGUGGCGACCGCGGCGACCGUGGUAGGUACCGUGGCUAUGAUGACUAUGCAUACCACCGAAGAUCUCCAAGGCGCUCACCACCAUAUCGAGGCGGUCGAGACUAUUCUCCAAGGCGUUCACCAUACGGAGGUGGUCGUGAUUAUUCUCCAAGGCGAUCACCAUAUGGAGGCGGUCGAGAUUAUUCUCCUCCAAGGCGUUCGCCUUAUGGUGGACGAUCAAGGAGGGAGAUGUCUAGAUCAUAUUCUCCUUACCACCCCCAUCUUGAAAGGAACUAUGCUCAUGGUUCCAGAAUCUAGAUAUAGAAGGAUCUUUCAUCACUGUCUCUGUCAUCUAUAGUGUAUCGUAAGGGACCUUUACUGCUCUGUGUCUUCCUUGCUACUUGUAGUCGAAACCCUUAAACAUAAAAUUGUCUUGGCACUGUUCCUUUGAAUUCUUGAACACCAUUUCUUCCAUUACUGAAUCUGUUUGAUUACCGUGUUCGUUU